UAAUCCUGGAGGAGGAGAAAACCUAGCUCAGUACUUUGACUAGAGGCAGCUGGGGAAGUGACGUCCUGUAGCAUUUGCUGUUCUAGAAAGUACAGAGACACGUAGUGAAAAUGGGAGGAUCUAGAAGGAGGCCGUCUCCUGUGUAGUGUAUAUUUAUCUGUAAGUGAGCCUUUGGGGAAGGAAUUAAAUACAGAGACGCGGUUUGCUUGCUGCCUUAAGACAGCGAAGCUGAAUUGCUGAUUUGCUUUAACUUUUAAAAUACCCAGCUUGGUUUAUUUUUCUUAGAAUCAUACUGCUAAGACUGGGGACGCUGUUUUCUUUCACAAAGGGAAAUCUAAGUUCAUUUCAAGGCAUUCGAAAUGGGGAAAGACUAUUAUUGCAUUUUGGGAAUUGAAAAAGGAGCUUCAGAUGAAGAUAUUAAAAAGGCUUACCGAAAACAAGCCCUCAAAUUUCAUCCGGACAAGAACAAAUCUCCUCAAGCAGAGGAAAAAUUUAAAGAGGUCGCAGAAGCUUAUGAAGUAUUGAGUGAUCCUAAAAAGAGAGAAAUAUAUGAUCAGUUUGGGGAGGAAGGAUUGAAAGGAGGAGCAGGAGGCACUGAUGGACAGGGAGGUACCUUCCGGUACACUUUCCAUGGAGAUCCUCAUGCCACAUUUGCAGCAUUUUUUGGAGGUUCCAACCCCUUUGAAAUUUUCUUUGGAAGACGGAUGGCUGGUGGUAGAGAGUCUGAUGAAAUGGAAGUAGAUGGAGAUCCUUUCAGUGCUUUUGGAUUCAGCAUGAACGGAUAUCCAAGAGACAGAAAUUCUGUGGGGCCCUCCCGCAUCAAACAAGAUCCUCCGGUUAUUCAUGAACUUAGAGUAUCACUUGAAGAAAUAUAUACUGGUUGUACCAAACGGAUGAAGAUUUCUCGAAAAAGGUUAAAUCCUGAUGGAAGGAGUUAUAGAUCUGAGGACAAAAUUCUCACCAUCGAGAUUAAAAAAGGGUGGAAAGAAGGCACCAAAAUUACUUUUCCAAGGGAAGGAGAUGAAACACCAACUAGUAUCCCAGCAGACAUUGUUUUUAUCAUUAAAGAUAAGGAUCACCCAAAAUUUAAAAGGGAUGGAUCAAAUAUAAUUUACACUGCUAAAAUUAGUUUACGAGAGGCAUUGUGUGGCUGCUCAGUUAAUGUGCCAACAAUGGAUGGAAGAACCAUACCUAUGUCAAUAAAUGAUAUUGUGAAGCCUGGAAUGAGGAGAAGAAUUAUUGGAUAUGGGCUGCCAUUUCCAAAAAAUCCUGACCAGCGUGGUGACCUUCUAAUAGAAUUUGACGUGUCCUUUCCAGAUACUAUAUCCUCAUCAUCCAAAGAAGUACUUAGGAAACAUCUUCCUGCCUCAUAGAAUGAAAAACUUUGUUACCCAUAUUUUGAUAAGGCACUGAAAAUAUAAAAGGACUGGCAGUUUACUGAUGUAGAUGUGAAUUCUGUAUAAAGAUGUGUAAAUUAUCUUGAGGAUUCAUUAAAUUGCAUGAAUAGAGACGGGUCAAAUAAAUAGGCAAAAGGGAUUUUUACAGUUAGAGAUGAAGACACAACCGUUCACUGUAUUUUAUUUCAUUUCUCCCAAAUCAGAAAUUUUUAGUAUUUUGCUUACAUGUAAAAUUGUUUUUGUGGAGUUAGUGGAUAUAUUUCUAAUAAAGUGCUAGACUAUCCAAGUACUUUAUUUCUUUUAUUUUUACAUUGUCAGUAUGAUAGUUUCUCAUUUUUAAUGGAAAUUUAAGUUCUUAACUCACCUACACAUGUGAUAUAUAUUUCUAGAAAAUAAAAACCCAAGUAAUUUGGAAAUAUGGUUAACUAGAUUUAAAUCUCCAACUGAAAUGUUGCUAUAGGGCUGGGACCCAUAAAAGAAUAUCCUAAUGCGUAUAUUUUACCAUUUUGGUUUUUAAAGUAUGCUGUAGCAUUUUUCUUAAUAACAUGGUUGUAAUGUUCUUAAGGCACACCUUUUCAUCAUAAAGAGUAAAUUAAUGGCAAUUUAUCUCCUGUGGAAAUCCCAAUUGCCUGAAUUACUGAUAUUUUAGAAAUAGGCUGUUUUUAAAAUGCCAUAUGUAAUUUUAUGCAAGUUGACUAUAUAUCUUGGACUUAAUAAAUUAUAGGCACAUUUUAUUGUCCACUAGUUUAAAAUAACUUGUUUAAUAAUAAAUGUGUUUUUAGAGGAAAUAUGUUACUUGGAAUUAAUUUUCCAAUUACACAAUCUUCUAUAACUUACUCAUCAUAUGCUAUAUGUAUCUUAUGCAAUUUCCCUAAAAAGAAUAAACUACCACUAUGGUGUUAAACCAAAAUAUGGGGAAAAGAAACACUAACUGCUGCUUAUGAAUGACAUUGCUACUACUUGUUAUGCAUAUAAAUAUUUUACUUUUUCAUAUGUAUAGAUUGCAUUUCUUGGGUGUUUUAAUUUUUUAAAUAUAUUUACGUUUAAAAAUUA